GUUUUCAGUUCUCCCUCUUACUAGUCCCGUCAUCUCCCGUCAUUAUAAGCAAAGCCCUGCUCCAAAACCCCGAGAUUUAUCUUCGUCUCACCUACCUGUGAUUUGGGUGUUUGGCAGUGACCAUGGCAAGCAGGUCGUGUUUGGUUGGAACGGAAGUUCCCGUUAUCGGCAGUGACGCCAUCAAUUGGAUUCAGCUAUCUGUUCCUUCCUCCACUUCUACUCAGUCCGGUGCCUCAGCCGUGCUGCCGGAUCACCUCAGCAGAGACGCCGCCUCAUACGCCGUGUUAGGGAACCCUUCCAUCUACAUAAUUUGGAGAAUUAACAGGUCCAAGGCAAAUGUUGUAGAGAUAAUGCAGCUAAAUAAUGAUAAGGAGUUCCUAAAUAUUGGACUGCAAAUUGUAUUUCCAGAUGCACUUUUUCCAUCUACCUUGAUAUGCCAAAAUGAGGCUAAUCUUUUGACCAGGGGACACUUCACACUUUAUGCUUUGACAAUCUCAGGGCUUGCUUUCCUCAUUAAGCUAAAAGAUAUUUCUGCAUAUAUAUCUAGUUCUGUUUUGUCAUCUAGUGAGGUUCUUGAGUAUAAUACCCUAAUGCAUCCUCAUCAUGGAGCAAUAACAGUUGCUACGGCAACACCAGGCUGUAUAGUAGUUGGUAGAAAUGAUGGAUCUGUCAGCUGUUUCCAAAUUGGCACGAUUGAACCUAGUGCUCCAGGUUUUGUAUUUGAGCUCCGUGAUGAUGCUGGGUUUGGCCGCUUAUGGGGCAUAAUGUCAAGGAGCAGGACAGUUGCUGCAGUGCAGGAUUUAGUUAUAUCAGAGCUGUAUCAGAAAAAAAUUCUUUUCGUGCUCCACUCUGAUGGGAUAUUACGUGUGUGGUAUCUUUCUAAUCGCUCUAAAGUUUUGACGCACGCUAUGACUGGGACACCAUGUGUAAGAUUAUGGGUGGGAAAGGAGGAUAGUAAUGCUAAUAUAAUUCCAUUGGCUGUGUUACAGAAACGGCAUUCGGAAGUUGAAAUGGAGACUCUCUCUAUAUAUAGCCUUUAUUUAAGUGUUGCAGAUAGGAUUGAUUUGUCACUAGAGCCCUCAACUCAAAGUAUCCCUUUGGAGAAGGGCGAUCUUAUCGAUCUGAGAUUUAGCAAAGACCAAGUAUGGAUGCUCAUGGAAGAUGGAUUGGUAAUGCAAAAGUUAUUUAAUGGAAAUAUUGAAGAGGGAUUAGCUCAUUGCUAUUCUUUACAGGAAGCAUUUGUUGCAGAUCAGCUAUUUCAAAACUUCGAAAAAGCGACAGAUGAUUUACUUUGGCUUUCUGAUGCUGUGUUGUCAUCUUCAAAGGAUGAAGUUGCUUCUUUUGUUUCUCAUAUCUUCUUACGUAGGUUGCUUCUUCCCGGCGUUCAUCAUAAAACCAUUCUAAGAGCAACCUUACAAGAAUAUAACAAGCAUUUCACUGAUUCUGAGUUUCAUUCCUUGGAAAUCAAUGGCUUAAAGAAUGAAAUCCUGUCACUUAUUGAGCAUGAGGGUGGUGCUGAAAGCCCAGUUUCAAUAGUUCACAGCUGGAAAUCCUUCUGUACCCGCUAUGUCCAUAAUUGGUGCCAAUACAAUGCAUCUUGUGGUUUGGUUGUUGAUUCAUCUACUGGAGUGGUUGCCUUAAUUCGGAAAAGUACAAUAUCUUUAUGCCGCAGUCUGAAUGACAUUGAGCUUCUCGUUUAUGGAUCUGAUUUGAAAUUCUGUGCUGAUGGGCUCGAAAGUGAUAUUCUCUUUGAGGUUCUGCACUGCAGUAGUAAUCUCAGUAAAAAAUUUGGCCGAGCUUCUUCAGCAAUAUAUUAUGAGUCACUCCUUCGAACACCAACUUUGUCACCAGAAGAUGUCAGUGUUCGCUUGCUUAAGACUUUAGAUUCUGGACAUAACCAAUCAACAACACACCUCUACUCGUACCUUGGAGCUGAUGUGGCUCGGGAUAAGGAAAUAAUGAGUCACAGAAAUAUAAGGAAGUUUUGUGUGAAUAUGUUUUUGUCCCUACACCAUUUGUACAAAAGAGCUAUCACAUGGGGGAAAGUGUUGGAUGUGAUUGAGUGUUACUUGAAGCAUCUUGUGCCUCUUAAAGUUGAACAGAGUUUUGAUUCUCAAGCAAUCUUCAAUAUCAGUACUGCUGUAACAGUGCAAGCUACUUCUCAAGUUGCUAAAGUGAUGUUUGAAUCUACAUUAGAUCUAUAUUUGCUUUUAAGCUAUAUGGUUAGCACAAGUGGGAAGAUCCACCUGUCCCAAAAUGAUAUUUCUAGAGUUACAAUUGAGCUAGUUCCUUUGAUCCUAGAGACGCUAACAGAAUGGCAUAUCAUACACUACCUUGCAACCACACCAUCUGAAUCUCCUGUCAUUGAAGAUUUUAGCUCUCAGCUUUCAUCCCUACAUUUGGAUAACAAUGAGCGGAGAUCAUGGAAUGAGAAACUUGGAAAAUCAGAUUUCACCCUUGCUUUUCUCCUGUUGCUUAGUAUCCGAUGCUCUUCAGAUACCCAGAGUGACCUCUCUUUUAGAUCCCUUCCUGAUCCUACAUGCAUAAAAAAUUCCGUACAGCAUUUUUCUAGCUGGAUAAUUUGGGGAAUGAUAGGUGAAGGGUCUUCAGGUUUUUUUAGCCAUUCAGUUGAGCUUGCUCUUAUCUUGCUUAGACACGGCCAGUAUGACGCUGUAGAGUACAUUCUCAAUUUGGUGGAUUCAUAUUUGAGGAAGGAGAAGUUUUCUGGAAGUCUUCAGAGUGUGUGUGGAGAGUGGUCCAACAUCCUCCAUCUUCUGGGCUGCUCUCUUCUUGCACAGGUACAAUGUGGCUUGCAUGGAAUGUUGAAAGAGAGGAAAAUUUGUGAAGCAGUACGUUGCUUUUUUAGAGCUGCGUCAGCUGAAGGAGCAUCUAAGUCCUUACAACGCUUGCCAUGUGAAGCUGGAUGGCUGCAUCUCGCUCGCAGUGCCUCGACUCCUUCAUUCAAGCUUCACUACUAUCAAUGGGCAAUGCAGAUUUUUGAGCAAUAUAGUAUGAGUCAGGCUGCUUGUCAAUUUGCACUAGCUGCCCUUGAACUAGUGGAUGAAUCUUUUGGUUCUUGUAAUGGUGAUUUGAGGGUUGAUGCUGUUAAUGAAUCACCAUCUGCUAUUAAGGGACAGCUUUGGGCAAAUGUGUUCAAGUUUACACUAGAUCUCAGCUUGUAUUAUGAUGCAUACUGUGCAAUAAUCUCAAAUCCAGACGAAGAAAGCAAAACCAUAUGUUUACGGCGUUUUAUUAUUGUUCUAUAUGAGCGCGAUGCUAUAAAGAUUCUUUGUGACGGUCAACUACCUUUUAUUGGCUUAACAGAGAAGGUGGAAAGAGAGCUUGCUUGGAAGGCUGAGCGUUCAGAUGUUUCCACCAAACCAAACCCAUUUAGAUUGCUUUAUGCAUUUGCGAUGCAGAGACAUAAUUGGCACAAAGCAGCAAGUUAUAUUUACUUGUAUUCUUCUCAAUUGAGAACUGCGGCAGACAUCAAAGAUCACCAGCAUCGUUCCCUGCUCCUACAGGAAAGACUGAAUGGACUCUCUGCUGCUAUUAAUGCUCUGCAACUUGUUCAUCCUGCCAAUGCUUGGAUUGACGGUCCGCUUGAUGACAGUUAUCCUUGUAAAGAUCACAUCCCAUGCAAAAAGGCCAGGAUAUCUCUGGAAAGUUCUUCAGGUGAUGGUUCUCAAACACAAAGGAGAAGGUCCUACAUUGAUGUUCAGAAGCUUGAGAAUGAGUUCAUUUUAACAUCAGCUGAGUAUUUGCUCUCACUGGCAAAUAUUAAAUGGACUUUUACAGGAACUGAGAAACCCCCACCAGAUUUAGUUGACCUGUUAGUCGAGUCAAAUCUGUAUGAUAUGGUUUUUACAGUAAUUAUAAAAUUUUGGAAGGGCUCAGCUAUGAAGAGGGAACUUGAAAAGGUGUUUGCCGCAAUGGCAAUAAAAUGCUGCCCAAGCAGACUGCACGCAUCUUCAACUGGGAAUGAUUAUAGAUUGCAGAACCUGCUUUUGAUGACAUCGCAUGAUGAGAUCAUUGCAAAUGGUUCUCCUGAUGUGGCUCCAAUACCUCAACAGUCUAAGGGCAAUAGCCAGUGGGAAACUCUUGAACUCUAUGUUGAUAAAUAUAAAGGAUAUCAUGGUAGAUUACCUGCUGUGGUUGCAGAAACACUUCUUGCAACUGAUCCUCAGAUUGAGUUACCCCUUUGGUUGAUUCAAAAGUUCAAGAGUCCUCAACGAGAAAGUAGUUGGGGAAUGGCUGGAAACGAGUCAAAUCCAGCAUCAUUGUUUCAACUGUAUGUCGAUUAUGGACGAUUCAAUGAAGCAACUAAUCUACUUCUGGAGUACAUUGAAAAUUUUUCGUGCUUGAGACCAAUGGACAUCAUUCGCCGUAAAAGACCAUCAGCAGUGUGGUUCCCUUAUACCCAUAUCGAGCGCUUGUGGUGCCAGCUGGAGCAGUCUAUCAGAUUGGAUCACAUGGUUGACCAAAGUGAAAAAUUGAAGAAGAUGCUCCAUGGGGCUCUGCAGAACCAUCUCAAUCUUCUAAAAGUGGAUUCAGAUGACGUGCUGUUGUCUGCAGCCUAGAGGUGUAUUACACUGCAACAUGCUCUUCAACAUACUCUUCAACAGCAGUCAAACGUGGUCAAUAUGUUUGUUUACAGAUACCCCUCCAACCUAUGCUGACCCACACCUUUCAUAGAAUAUCUCCACCAUUCCAGUAUUCCACCAUGUAACUUGUAAAUGCAAGUUUUCAUUCGAAUAGUUAUCAGUUCCCCGGCUUCCCCCACCUUAAAAGCACUAUUGUGGGUUUUGAGGUGACUUCCGUUUGGACUGGUUGUGCCUAGAGUUUAUAUAUGAAUGUGAUCAAUUUUCAUGUAACUUAAGUCUGUAGCUACUUUUAAUAGUGAUAAAUACUUCGUGAAAAUAUUAAAAAAUGACUAAAUAUUUUUAAUCAAAUUGUGAGGGUUCGAAAUUGAAUA